GAGGAGGAGGCACUAUCAAAAUGUAGUCAAGCGGAAAAUAUGGUCAGCACUAGGGCCGAUGGCUGCUUUAAAACCUUGAAAAGAGAGGUUAGUGAACCAAAGGCAGUCUUUUUUAAACCUUUAAGCCCCAUUAUAUACAUACAAAUUCUCCAAACUGAUCUCUAUAUAUUUCCUUAAAGAAUGAGUUGAGAGAAUUUGACAAAAAAUCAAAGCAUUUUCUCUUAGGUGAUCAUUUUAUUAAUUCUCAUAACCUAAUCUCUUGACAAUGUAUGGAUAUCAUUGGGAGAAAAUUGAUGUUGGUCACUAUUGGGACUUAAAGGGUUAAUUAACAUAUUUACACCUUAGCAGCUUGUAAUCCCCCACAUGAAACUGUGGACACUGUCAGUAGGGAUGCUGCUAAGAGCUGACUGCCGGCUAAUUUUGCUGGCUGAAAAAAAACCUUACCACUGCCUCAAAUAAAACCGGAAAACAAGCACAUUGGGUAAUUUUGUUAGUGCAAUUGAGUAAAAAAGCUGGCUUGACAAAUGAAGAUGCCUGGGGCCGAUUUAAUGAAACUUUUACAAGGGUAAUUUACAAGUGUAGCCAUUGUUUUAAAGUCUGGGAACAAUAGCCACACUUGUAAAUUACGCUUGUAAAAGCUUUAUUAAAUUGACCCCUGUGUAGCUUUUCCUUGGCUACAUCCCUGCAUCAGUGGUCAUUAAAUUUUCUUCCCACUGCAAGUUAAGCACCAAAGUUAGAGAUCUUUUGUGUUCAUUAUGCAAGGCCCUUUUUUACAUCUAAAUUUCUUCUUUUGAGCUUCAAGGAGCCCUGUCAUGACAUAUUAUUUGAAUGGCAUUCCCAACUAAGAAAACUACUUAACAAAACAAACAAAAUCUUAAAAUUUUAGGUUGUUAAAGAAGGUAAAAAUUAAAAUGGUGAUAAAUAGAAAAUGACUAUGGAUGGUUUUGAUGAGAAUGGGAUCAACAGCAGCCUAGGGUGUUUGUUGCAAAAACAUGUUGUAGCUUUUUUCAGUAUUGUGACAAGUACAGUACUUGCACCAAUGUGAACACUUCUUUUGUACAAGUACCCAGGCUAGAAUUUGGGUAUGCUGCCCAUGCCUGAAAACAAGGUGCAGAACAUUUACUCAGGCACACAAGUGGUCACUGGUUCCCUGUGUGCACACUGUUUUUAUUUCAGUUCUCGGGCAGUCUACUGCUAAGCUCAUGUUUCAAAAUGGUGUCCGACAGGGUGAAGUAGGAACUAUGAACAUAGUUACAUCUUGGGAACUCAAAGUGUGAACCAAACACCAUUUUGUACUGGUACUCAGGCAGGGGUUCUCAGGAACCAAGUGUGGACAGCCCCUUAGUAAGUCUGAACUGCUAUGACAUACUCCCUGGUAAUGUGAAUCAGCUUAAAUUGUUUGAAUGAGACUUGUCAUUUUACCCCACAGCCUGGACCGCCCCACCAUCCACACCAUCACCACCCUCAUCAUUUCUUCAUGCAACCUCAACAGGGUCUGUGGCCCCAUGUUCAGUCUCAUAACAUGGUAAGUAACCUGGUGCAUUGAGUUUUCUUUUGUCGUUAAGUGGAAGUGUGUUGUGAGUGUUCUAUCACCUUUUCCCCCGAGAGAGGUGGAAAAAUGAACCCCUGGGCUUCAUUGUUCAAAGCUGGGUUAAGAGAACCCAGAGUUGGUGUUUAAUUUGAAUUUAGAUAUGAAGGCUUCAAAAGCAAAUUCAGUUUAAUUCAUUUUGCCUACAAUUUUUAUAUUUGAUAGUCUAAAAGGAUUAGAGGAAAUUAUGCAAGAAUAUGCUUUUGAACAAAAAAAAAAGAAACGAGACUUAAAUUUAACCCCGGGUUAGCACUAAUCACAGUCUGCAAACAACCGGGCCCUGGGCUGGGUUGCUCAAUCUGGGCCAGAUAACCCAGGGUUUGUUCAAAAUUUGAAGUCACAUAAUUAUAAAUACUUACAAUGUAACUUCUGUUAAAUUGUUUGCAAUUUGAGGAUUGGUUGUUUCUAAAAAGAACAGAGAAAAUUACAAAGAAAAUGCUUUUAAAAAAGACGCAGAAACCCAGAUUAACAUUUAACCCUCGGUUAGUGCUAAUCUGCCUGCAAAAAACUGAACUGUUUUUGUUGCUUGACACUCACUACCUUCUCAUGCUUUGCAUCAACUUUUGUACUUGCUUCACACAUUUGUUAAAUGAGAAAAUGAAAGAAUAAAGUGUUGUGGGUAUUGCUAAAUUAAUGGGGACUUUAAGAUCCUAUUCAAGGAAUGUCCACUUUAAAAGCCUUGUACUUUUAUAAUAAUUAUGUUAAUGUUGCACAUAUUCUUUUGCAGAAUAAUCCCUAUCCUCCUAACUGGUUUCGCAUAGCGUUUGGCGAUUCGUCUCAAGGUUAUUUGUUACAAGAGGUAUAGUUAUUAUUGUUUUAGGUUACUGUUUUGUUUGGCAAAAGUAGUGUGCUAUGUUUCUUCUGUUUAUUAGGCCACGUUUGGUGGUUUGACCAUCAUGUAAUUGUAAAAGGCCUUUUGCAGCUUGUGGUCCCUUGACUUGCUUCAUGCGAACAUUAUGGGAUACAACUUACAUAAAGCCAACAAUGGAAGGAGGAUGAAAAAAAUGAGAGAAGCCAAUUUUGAGGUGUCUGACACAAGAGACAUAGGUUUUAUGGCUUUUGGAACUUCUGCGAAAUUAUUAGGGUUUGUAUUGGAAAAUAUUGCUGGACCACGAGGCUUGUGGUCCAGGGAGUUUUUCUACUGAUUCAUAAAACCACCAACUCCAUCAUUUACUCUGGGAAUGGAAAGGUUGAAACCCAAUUACUGUAAGACCUACUAUUUUUGUUGUCUCCUCUUUUAAAUUUAUGGAAUAUCGGUUGUGACCUCAUCCUGUAAAGGGCUUAUCAUUCAUGUACUCUUCUGGAAUUACCACAUGGUCAGCCACUAAUAUAACAGUACUGCCAAAGAAGUUUCACUUGAAUGGUUAUGGCACUGGAUUUUGUUCAGAAUAGAGAGUCAAAACAGCAUCUUACCAUUUUUACUUACUCCACGACUGAGAGGAUUAUAAUAAUUUUACUAAUAUUUGGUUUUGACUUUUUAGGUUCCAGUUAAAGUUCAUCUCACAUUCCCGUCUAAAUUUGCUGGCCCAAUCAUUGGUAAAGGGGCAUCAAACCUUGAUCACAUAAAGAAAUGGAGUGGUGUGAGUAAAGUCCAUGUCUUUCCUAAAGAUCGAGAUGCUCCUGAUGUUCAUCUCACAUUCCCGUCUAAAUUUGCUGGCCCAAUCAUUGGUAAAGGGGCAUCAAACCUUGAUCACAUAAAGAAAUGGAGUGGUGUGAGUAAAGUCCAUGUCUUUCCUAAAGAUCGAGAUGCUCCUGAGAGAUAUAUUGAGAUCAUUGGAACUCCUUUCCAACAAUACUUUGUAAGUAAACUUUCUACUCUUCAAAGUGGAGUCCCUUCCAAGUCUUCUUUUCUUUUUACUUCAUUUCCUCGAAUAAGCGUCCAAGUACUGAUUUAAAAUUUUGGCUAAAAGGAGGGGCACUUAUUGGGAGGAAGAUGCUUAAGUGAGGGGUGCACUUAUUACUUUUACUUUCAACGAAUUGUAAAUUUAUUUUUGGCUAAUAGAAAAACAAAAACUACAUUAUUACCCACGUUAAUGGUAAGUCAGUAUAAAUGUCUUUCAUUUGUUAAAACCAUGGCUGGUAAUAAGUAAUGGUAACAGGACUGAGAGGAGUCCAAUUUGGUCUGUAAUCACACGAGUGAUUAACAAAAUCGGACGACCGCGUAGCGGGAGUCCGAUUUGUUUAAUCACGAGUAUGAUUACAGGCCGAAUUGGACGACACAAAGUUCUGUUACCAAUUAAUCAUAACUUUAACAAAAUUUGUGAUAUAAUAGGCUAUUUUUUACAUCAAAACACAAGAAAUUCGACAUUUUGUUUUGCUAGCAUUGAAAAAAAAAGCCAUUUAAGCGCGCGCUUGAUGGCGCGUACUGUUCAAUUACUUAGGCAUGACGCGUACUGUCCUAUUAAACUGUCCAAUUAAGGCUGAAAUCAGGGCAGUUGAUAGCCAGUCAGAUUUGACAAUUUUGUUAUAGUUAUGAUUAAACAUACAAUAGUACCAACACACUGUACACACAUGUAUUGGUAUGCAUGAUUAUAAAAUAUUUAUUAUCUCGUUAUCAUCAUCAAUUAAUAUUGAUUCUCUCAGCAAUAUAGUGGAAAAAGAAAAAGGUUUUCCUUGUAUCCCUACUAUUUUAUGUGGUGUGCACAUGUUUGGGAGAGUGGGCUUGUUAGAGCAUAGGCACCUAUCCAAGGAAAUAAGUUAUAUAGAAGUCAAUAAGAUGCAUCUUUUCUAAAUAUUUUAAUUUAAUCCCUACCCUUUUAUAUACCCAGAACCUGAAAAGGUACUCAUUUUGGGUGGAAUCUCCCUGUAUAGGCCAUCACAGGGAGUAUUCCCCCCCAGGGGGUUAAAAAAAAGUUUCUAAAUUCAGUCUGUUAGCAACCAUCCACGCGUUUGACAAUCUUUAAAGAGAAAAAAAGGGUGUGUGAACAGGCUAGUAAGCAACCCACUUUUGCCAGUCUUCACAGGGAUGAAGAUUGUUCCAACUAAAUUGAUAAGAAAUUGAUAGUUCCACAUUGUAACCUAUGCCCUUACAGUAACAGAUCUUUUUCAGUACCUAACACCUCUCUGGAAUUCUUUACUGAAGAAUUUAUGCUUUGGUGGGGGCCGGAGAUUUUCCCCGGCUACUAAGAGAGUGGCCCCUGGCUACUUUUAUUGCAAAAUAGAAGAAAAACAGAUUCAAAAGAAAUCCCUAGCCGUUUGAUUCCCCACCUACUUGUUGUAUUUAUCCGGCAACUUGAAAUCUUAGCGACAACCCUGUGGAUUGUUUUAAACACAGUCAAAGACACAUCUUUAUUCAAAAGUGUUGAUUAAUAUCUUUAUGUGGAGUUUAGAAUUUUCAGAUUUUCUUAUCAGAUUGUAACACUUGUCUGAGACUCUUAAAGAUCAACUUGAAAUUUUGCACAGUUGAUGAUGU